AUGGACCCCGGAGGAGGGCAGUGUGUGAAGGAGCCCAGCCGGGAGGGCCCCCUCAGGUGCUGUGCAGCAGCUGGUGUUGUGAAUCAGGCCGUCACCAGUCGGAGAACGGCUACUUCACAACACCAGGGUCGCACCACACCACGGUUCGACCGCCGGCCGGAGAGGAGCGGAGUUUCCCGCGGGCAGGCAGGGGACCUGGAGCACCUCCUGGCUGCCUCUGCCCGAGCCCAGACCUGCAAAGGCUGCGGCUGUGGCUGUGGCUGCGGCCAGGCCUGGUGGCCUCUCACCCUGCAGCCGCUGCGGCACGGGGCUACGGGGCAAGAAGGCAGCACCGCAAAGGCUCCACAGCCGAAACCCAAAAACCACCACCUCGCCAAGCUGUGCUGCCAGAGGUCCAGGGUUUGUCACCCCCGUGCUCAGCCUCGCCUCAGGAGAGCGGUUUCCGCCGUGAAGGCGGCACCGUUGGCCCGGCAAGAGGAUGAGCACAGCGAGGAGGCGACAGCGGCGCCCCCCCUCCUCCUGCCCGCUUCUGCGAUGCCACAGUUAAGGUCAGGGAGGGUGGUGGCUGUCGGCGAGGUGAAGUCGGCUAACUGGAUGGUGACCAAGCCGAGCUCUCUGGGUGUGCGGGUAGGACGUGAGCCGGAGAAGAAGUCAGUAGUCAAGCAGAGUCCUCACCUGGCACCAGAGAGGAAAGCUGAGCAGCCCUUAUCUUCCUCUCUGCAACCUGCCGUCCUCUCCGGUGUUCCCUGUGAGCAAUUUGCUCCUCUUACACCAGUGCAGAAGGAGCAAGAUCUUAAUGUGAAUCUGGAGACUCCAGAAUCCUUGUCUGAACCAAAACCUCAGGAAGAGGUAGAUAUGCCAGAGAAGUUGGAUGAGUGUUCUUUAAUUGGAUCAAGAAGGCCGGGGACACAGGAGAAAGGAAACGGAUGCUUGAGCAAGAAAGGUGGGACAUCUUUGAUGAAACCAAAACUACAAGGUCCCAGAGAGAGGGAUACAACUGCCUUGCUAGAACAUACACAGUGUCCAGAGUCCAAGGAAGGAGCCGUGAGUCUGGGGAAGAGGGCCAGAAAAACACUGGUGUCACAGCGUCUACAGGGUCUAAGUAGCCGAGAACAGCCAACAGCAGGAGGACAGGUGUGCAAUUGUUGCACGAAAGAAGAGCCGCAGAGCUCAAACCCUCAGAAAGGAGCAGGCAGCCCGCAGGAAAGUGCAAAGGAAAAAUGGAAAGCAAUUGAGCAAAACUCCACUACACAGGCUGUGAAGAAGCUUAAGACAGAUGGAAACAGAUCAGAAGAUUCCAAGGAAAAGGAACCUCACUACUCUCUAUCUCCUACGUUUGCUACAUUAGGAAAAAAUAUUCAUGAAGCACAGAAUAUAUCAGUCUGGAGAAAGAAUAGUGCCAAAUUACUUGCAUUUGGAGAUGGCUUUAAGAAGAUAUCUGAGCUCUCUGUAAUAGCAAAAGGAGAAAAUUCAGACAGUGUGGCACAUCAUUCUGCUGCCUCAGGUAGCCCGAGAGUGCUCACUCAGGACCAUGAUGUUUCUAAUGGUCACAAAAGCAGCAUGGAUGAAAAAUUGAACAAAGUUAAUGUGAAAUUGCAGCAGUUUACCUGUCAGAGAACAAUACCUAUGACUGGUAAAAAUGUUUCGCCUUUUGAAUCUUGUGCCAGGACUUCUGAAUGGUUUUGUAAAAAUCAUGGGUCCAUCACAGAAGGAAAAAGACCUUUGAGGGCUGCCUUUGAGGAAAAAAGCAGUGUUAAAGCUGUAGGAAACAGUGCUGCGACUGGGAAUUUGAGACAGUUGGAUAUGCAUAUGUCAUCGGCAGAAAUUAACGAAGAAUCUACACAUAAAAUAAUGGAUCCGAAUACUGAAUGUCUGACUUCACUUGAAACACCAGAAUCCUCUUCUGUGGAUAUUUAUGAGACUUGGAGAAUAAGCAAUGAAAAUGUGGAAUCACCAGUUAAUAUGGAUAGAAGUGUUGUGGCUUUUAGCCAUGAUGAUGUGCAAGAAGUUAAAGCAACCUUGAGUUUUACAACAAAACAAAAAGAUAAAAAUAAAGGAGCUGUAACAAAAAGAAACCUGUGUGUGACAGUCCAGAAUGGUACACCUACAGCUAAAAAAAGCAGAAUAAACUUCAGCGACAAAUCAUCAGUAGUGAACCACAAAUUUUCUGAUUUAAAGCUAAUGAAAGUAUUAAACACUGGAAACCUGACAAAAUUCAAAAUUCCUUUAUGCAGAAACAAACUUGAAUCCAGGAAACUGGAAUCUGUCCAUUCAUUUGAAAGAAAAACCUGCAGUCCACUAGAGCUUCUUGGAAGCACUAGUGUUUCAAGAAGGCAGAAAACAGGUGAAGAGACUUCUUUGGUAAAUUCUGAGCCGCAGCCUCUUUCUGUUGCAAGUGACGCGCCAUCUACAGCUUCCAUGAAGAAAAAAGCAGUUGAGAUCAACAGUAAGGACCUUAAGCAUGGUAGCCCUGAAAAGCUUUCAAAUGAGAUGUCUGUGCUCCCUGAACGUUUUUCUUUUUAUCCACAUCCUUUUCUGGAUGGACAGCUAGAGUCAUCUGUGCUUGAUAUUCAUGGUACUGAAUGUGUACUGAAAUCUAAUUUUCCUGAUCAUUCUUGGAAUGCAGUUGAACACCCUGUUGCAUUAGAAGUAAAUGAUGGUAGCAAAUCAAGAGAGAAUCUUUUACAACACAAAAGUCAAAAAUUUCCAGAUGUUCUUGAAGCAUACAAACAAGAUGUUCUUGUCAUUGAUGUAAUUCAGGAUGACCCUGACCUUUUUGGAACCAAUAAUGAAGAGGAGCUUGCACCUACAGACUAUGAAAAUGGUCCUGUGAAGGCAUCCUGUACUAGCAUCUGCAUUAAAGAUGAUAAGCAGGAUCUUAAGACUGAGUAUCCUGCUAUGUCAGAAAAUAGAGAUUCGGUAGAUGAUAAUUUUAGACACGUUACCAUACAAGAAUCUGGAAUGUCAAAUGAUACUGAAAAUUCCUGUAAUUGGGUGCUAAAAGCUACAGAUAUUAAAACCCACAACUCCUCUAGAGGAAGCAGUCCUUUGGGAGGUGUUACUGAGGGCUUUCUUGAAGAUGGGCAAAUGAGAGAACUAGAUGAACUUCUGAAGAGUUAUGACGUGGAUGAAAAGGCUUCUCAUUCAGUCCAGCAGAUCCUCGAGAUGAUUGAAUUGCCCCGUAAAUAUUGCAGAUUAUACUUCAUGACUUUGCGUGGGUGUGAAAGAGCAAAAUGUUGGUUUUGGCAUGUUCCUGAACAAGGGGAUGAAAAGAUUUGCAUGGCAAUACUUAGGACAUACAUUAGUACCAAAGAGUCAGGCCUUCUAAAACGUGCAGUCCAAAUAUUUGUGAAAUAUUACAGAGAAGUUACUCCUGGUGUGGAUUUUGCUUCUCAAGUGCUGAAUGAUCUUCUAAUUUCUUUGCUCGAGAAGUGUUUGUUGCGGGAAGUAUUUCAAAUAUUGAAUGUAACUGUACAAAUCAAUACACUGCCAGCUGUAGAUGUUCUGCUGAAAGUCUUUGAGCAUGUGGCUUCUUUCAAUAUAAGAGACGCUGUGCCUACGUUAAUCAGUACCUUUUGUAAGCUCACUGAUGCUGGUAUGUUCCUUGAGUUUGAACAUUUUGACUAUAUUAUUAAUUUUCUUCACCAACUGCAAGUUUCGAGUCAGGAAAUAAAUAUUGUUUUGAGUGUAAAAUCCAGAUUUCAGGAAAGACAUUUUGAAAAGAACUGGCUUUUUGACUUCAACUUGGCAGUGGCUGAAAUUCAGCAUUGCAAGGAAAAAAGUGAUUGGACCAAGCUGGGAGCUUUGUAUGUUAAUGCAAGAACUGGAUGUGAACAUUUUCAUGAUCUUCAGAAAUUGUCUUUAUGUAUUGCUGAAAUACUAACCAGAGAUUCUGAGACAGACAGACCAGGAGUUCCUUUUUGUGAUUUUGCUGAUGCAGUAAUAAAAAAUUCACAGCAUAAUGAAGCAGACAGAAUUUUCAUUGGAAGGAUUGGGAUAAGUGUAAUGUAUUCUUAUCACAAAGUACUGCAGUGGAUAAAGCUGAGGAAAGUUCAUAAAAAAUUGCAUGAGAUACAGAUAAAUUUUACAGUCUUGAAAGGACUUACAGGUGCAGAGAGGUUAGCAUCAAGAUGUCAAAUUGUUAAUACAGCUGCAGAAAUUUUUCUUAAAACUGGAAGCUUGGAUGGAGCCAUAUGGGUAUUGAGAGAGUCAGAGUGGACCACAAAUGCACCACUGUGGCCCUGUGAUAAAAUGGACAUCCUCAAUCGACAUAAUCUGUUAUGUACACUAGUGGACAAAUACUUGGGGAAGAGUUUAUACAGGCAGGCAUUUGAAGUUCUGCAGAACUUACCAGGUUUUCAAAAUCAUUCUGAUACUGUAGAUGUUUCUCAGUACAGCUGCCUUUUUAACAAGCUGAUAAAUGCCUGUUUUGAGAGCAAGAACCUUGGGGUCUCAUCUUCUGCAGUAGACUUCAUGCUUUCAAAAAACAUAGCAGUUGAUUUUUUUCUACUUAGAGGCUUAAUCACAGCUUUGGGAAGAAGUUCUUUGUGGUCUAAAGCUAGGACCUAUUACAGAAGUGCUUUAGCAUUGGGUUGCUACCCACCACUGCAGGGAAAUUUACAUCACAAACUUUUGACAAUUCCGUCUUACCUGUCUGAGGUUGAGAUGCUGUUGGCCAUUGAAAUAUUUCUUGUUUCAAACGCCAGUGAUAUUCAAAGUCUGAUGGCUACUAGUAAGACUCUUCAAAUAAUACUGAAAAGAUACGAAGAUCAGACAGUUCACAAUAACAGUGACUAUCAAGCGGCAGUGGAGAGACUGAUCCUGGCUGCUCGCGUAUCUGAUCCAAAGCUUUUUCUUAAGCAUAUGACAAUGAAUGUUAAUAUGGAAGAAGUGUACAGCUUGGAGCUUACAUCUGCUCUAAAAUGGCUUCAGGAGAAUAUGAAAUGGGCUGGGAAGGUCUGGCUGUUUCGGUAG